AGAAACCUACUGAAUGGAUCCAAAAGAAGAGGCUCCUCAAGUUUCAACAAAACAUACUCUGAGUCUUCUAUCCCAACAUGUUCAGACAGCACUGUAAAAGAUGGUCAACCUGGCAUGAAGUUUGUCAUGGACACGUCCAAACUCUGGUUUAAGCCCAGCAUUACUCGAGACCAAGCUAUCGAGUAUUUAAAGAACACAGAGCCAGGAACUUUCAUUAUCCGAGAUAGCACAUCCUACCGUGGAUCCUUUGGGCUGGCUAUGAAGGUUCCAGGAACGUCCUCCAAAACAGAUAACACAGCAAAUGAGCUUGUCCGACACUUCCUAAUUGAAUCAUCCGCAAAAGGAGUCCAUCUGAAAGGUGCUGCAGAGGAGCCUUACUUCGGAAGCCUCUCUGCACUGGUGUACCAGCACACAAUCACCCCAAUAUCUUUACCCUGCAAAAUGCGUAUCUCUGACAAAGCGAGCGAUGGAGACAGCAGCCCAGAUUGUCUGCCAGAUGCUACAUCAGAGCUCAAGACUUCAGCUGCAUGCAAUGUCUUGUAUCUGAGCUCCAUCAGUACCGAAACCCUGACU